GUUUUCUAGACGGGUAGUAGAAAAAUAUGCGUUUGCAGGUCGAGUUUUCAUUUAACGUUUUCGUUUGAUCUGAACUGAAAAGUCAAGCGGAAUUUGAGAUGGUUUGCACGUGAAUGUCAAUUGUUCUAUCAAAAUGACGCAGAACGAUCCGGAAUGCAAUCCUCGAUCAUGGAUGGAAGUCGGCAUGGAAUCGCCAAGUGCGCAACAUCCCUUUUUUAGCAUAAGUGUGGACUCUUGGUUCGAUCUUCUGAACAGAGGUUGAGCGGGGGCUUGUCCGGACCUCUCAACAUACUUUCGUGCUUAGUGAUAUCUCGGUGGUUUGAUAACCUGGUUCUCUUCAAACCAGUUCUUGGCCGAGGUUUUAAUGUCAUGUCCCCACUCUCUGUGUCUCCAUCUAGAACAAUACAAUCAACCAUUUCUGAGGACAAUUAUCAGUCGAUCUUUAACUCCGCGAGUUCGAGCCCCCAAAAUCCGAGACGCUGACAACCGUCGUCGUCGAUUGAACCUGGAUCGGGGGAUUGGUACAAUUUUGCGAUGUUCUCUAGAGCCGGUUUUCUUCUGGUUUAGUACAGAUCUUUCUGGUGGGCCUCCAAUAUCGCGAGAACAACGUACGUACCUAUGUACGUAGUAGUAGGUUCUUGGAUGGAAAACCGGCCCCCAGAACCAUCCAAUGAGCGCUCCGUCCGAGAAGUCGUGCCUCCAAAUCAACCAAUGAGAGGGUCGGGAUCUGAAGGCUCGUCUGGAGACGGCCGGAUGAAACGGGUAUGAAAGGAACCGUUCUCGGGUUUGGAGACAUCAUUCCUAUCACAGCAUCCCAAGUGAAAACAGGCAAUUCAGCAAUCUUGCUCUUUAUAACUUCACCACUCGACUUAAAUAUCACCACACGCUUCAAGCUUUUGACUUUAAAACAGAGUGAACGAAAACAAACACCAUGAAAGACUUGAACAAGAACCUUUCCAACGCCAAGUCGUCGUCAUCGACGACCACUGGAUGGAAAGUAGGUUCCUCAACCAUGGCUAAGACUACCUUCAACCCAAUCAGAAAUAUCUUGGAGACCAUGGACUUGGCUCCCAAUCCCAAAAAAGAAAUGAUUUCUUUGAGCAUCGGCGAUCCGACUGUCUUCGGCAACCUCAAGCCUAGCCAAGUCAUCAUUGAUGCCGUUUCCGCUUCCGUUCAAUCGGGAAAGAACAAUGGUUACGGACCUUCCACUGGUUUUGUGCCGGCCAGGAAAGCUGUGGCUGAGCACGUGUCCGUCCCUGGAGCGGAAAUCGACGAAAACGACGUGAUUCUUUGCUCUGGAUGCUCUUGCGCUUUGGAUCUCUGCAUUUCUGCAUUGGCCAAUCCUGGACAAAACAUCAUGGUUCCUCGUCCAGGAUUUCCUCUCUACACCACUCUCGCCAAAGGCUUGGGGAUCGAGACCAAGGAGUACGAUCUCAUCCCAGAGCAAAACUGGGAGGUCGACUUGACCCAUAUGGAGUCGCAAAUCGAUCAGAAUACCGUGGCCAUCCUGGUUAACAAUCCAUCCAACCCUUGCGGAUCCGUUUUCAACAAAGACCACCUCAAGAAGAUUUUGGCCAUCGCUGAAAGACACUACUUGCCCAUCAUUGCCGAUGAGAUCUACGAUUACUUUGUCUUCCCCGGUCAAGAGUAUAUUCCCAUUGCUAGUUUAACCUCUUCAGUCCCCGUGCUCAGCUGUGGAGGUUUGACCAAGCGAUUCCUGGUUCCCGGAUGGAGAAUGGGAUGGAUCACCAUUCACGACCGCAACAGCGUCUUUGCUGCCGAGGUCAGGAAGGGUCUCCAAUGUCUCAGUCAAAGGAUCAUCGGAUCCAACACGAUUGUUCAAGGAGCUCUGCCCACUAUCUUGAAGAACACUCCCAAGGCGUUCUUCGAUGACACCAUUGAUGUCAUUCAAAAGAACGCCGAGCUCGCAUUCUCCAAACUAUCAACCAUCCCUGGAUUGAAGCCCGUCAUGCCAUCCGGAGCCAUGUACAUGAUGGUGGGCAUUGAUCGCAGUAUCUUCCCUGAAUUCGAGAACGAUCUCGAGAUUGUGGAGACCAUGGUGAAGGAACAGUCCGUGUUUUGCUUGCCAGGCAAAUGCUUCAACAUCAAGGAUUAUGUCAGAAUCGUGCUUACCGUUCCCGGAGAGAGCAUGAUCGAGGCUUGUGAUCGAAUUGCCGAAUUCUGCCACAAGCACGCCAAAUACUCUUCAUCCAUUCCCAAGGGACUCAUGGCCAUGUCAGAAGGAUCCUCCACGGCAUCCGACAUGUCAUCCUCUUCAGCUUCCAACUCUUCUGAUGAGGAGGAUCUGCACAUGCGUCAAAAUCAGCUCUACAGAAAGCCCACGAAUAUUUCCACAUCUGGAUUUCUUCGCAAGGAGUCCACAGCAACUCGCUUGGCUUAGUAUACUCGCUAGACAAUUGAAGACACCCAAAUUAUCAUCAUCGUGUAUAAAUAAUUAAAUAUCCAUUAUCACUAAAUGUAAAGACGAGACACGCCAACAAUCCGUGGCUCAUGUAUGUACCUGAGCACUAUUUAAUAAUAAAAAAUUCCAAUCCGAAA